GUCGCUCACGGCAUUUUGCAAACCGCAAGCUGAACCUGAACUCACUCUGAAAGCCACAGUCGGGAGCACCAAGCAGCAGCCACCGCAACACUCUCAGCAAUGGCGGCGAUCUCGUCUCACUGCGUCUCUAACCCUUCAUCCCUCUCCUCCGCUUCCUCCGCCUUCUCCGGCGACAAUGCCCGCCUCCCCGGCGCCUCCGUGGCGUUCCCGUGGGGUUCCCGCUCCCUCCGCCGCCGGCUCUCCUGCCGGGCUUCGUCCGCUACCUUUCCGACGCCAUCUCCUCUCCAGGCCAAAGAAAAAUCUGAGCUGAAGGACUUCCUGCAUAUUAGUGACUUUGACAAAGCAACAAUCAUGAAAAUACUGAACCGAGCAUCUGAGGUCAAAGCCCUGCUUAAAUCUGGAGAGAGGACAUAUCUACCAUUUAAGGGAAAGACAAUGGCCAUGAUCUUUGCAAAACCAUCAAUGCGAACGCGGGUUUCAUUUGAGACUGGAUUUAGCUUACUGGGAGGCCAUGCUAUAUAUUUGGGACCAGAUGACAUUCAGAUGGGCAAGCGGGAGGAAACUCGUGAUGUUGCUCGUGUUUUGUCUCGCUAUAAUGACAUUAUCAUGGCACGUGUCUUUGCUCAUCAGGACAUUCUCGAUCUCGCAAAAUAUUCAAGUGUACCUGUUGUUAACGGUCUUACUGACUAUAAUCAUCCUUGCCAAAUACUGGCUGAUGCCCUUACUAUGAUUGAACACAUUGGUCAACUGGAAGGCACAAAGGUUGUCUAUGUUGGAGAUGGGAAUAACAUUGUGCACUCUUGGCUGCUUUUGGCUGCUGUUAUUCCCUUCCAUUUUGUAUGUGCCUGCCCCAAAGGCUUUGAACCAGAUGAAAAAACUGUGGAGAAGGCUAGACAAGCUGGAGUUGGCAAGAUUGAAAUAACUAAUGAUCCAAAGGAAGCUGUUAGAGAUGCAGAUGUUGUCUAUUCUGAUGUUUGGGCUAGCAUGGGACAGAAGGAGGAGGCUGCUUACCGUCGUCAAGUGUUUAAAGGAUUUCAGGUCGAUGAGGCCUUAAUGAAGUUGGCUGGCCCUAAAGCUUAUUUUAUGCAUUGUUUACCGGCUGAAAGAGGGGUUGAAGUGACUGACGGUGUAAUUGAAGCUCCAAACUCUAUUGUCUUCCCACAAGCUGAGAACCGUAUGCAUGCCCAGAAUGCAAUUAUGCUUCAUUUGCUCGGCUUCUGAUGAUGGAGACUCUCAUGAGUAAUCAAAACUGAUUAAGGCUUAAGCUCUAGAAGCAAAUAUCUUUCAAGACCUUUCAACAUGCCAUAUGAGAUGAAAUAUUAGGCUGGUUAAGUUCAAAUUAUCUACUUCUUUAAUGAGUAGUAGAGACUCGUCUUUCUGUGAUCCUUCUACAUUUUCUGCGAAGCCGAGCUGUUUUCUCCUCG